GGAUAGCGAGUCUUAAUUAACACACGCGCUUUAUAUUGUCUGCUUCAACGCGUUGAAGAACAUAUUAUAAUAAAUCAAACAGCUUUUUUUUGACUCUUCCCUCUCUCUCAUACGAAGAAAUUCUGCUUCGGUGGUCGGCGCUGCUUCGUUUCGGGCCGGGCUGGGCUGUCAUUCAAAUUGACAGCCCAUAUAUAUAUGUAUGUAUCCUUCUCCUCCAAAUUUACAGGUGAUUGAUUCUUCUAACCCUAUUCCAAUUCCGCCAUUGAUUCUCGUUUUUCCGAUUCUUCAAUUUUUUGAUUGGCCCCAAAUUCAUCAUCGUCGAUUUCACGCAGGCGGAGAUUGAGGGUUUAUACAACCGAUUCGUCGCAAUUCAGCGCCGAUUGUUUUAUUUUUUCUCCCUGAUUUUUGUAUGAAAAUUAAUUGAGGGGAGAAAAAUCAUGGGUUCCUUGUCUGGAUUUUUUCAAAGGCCGGUUCUUGCCGCCUCCGCCGUAGCAAUAGCUUCUGUUUCCGCCGAUUGUUGCGAAAAGCUACGCCCUAGUAAAUCCCCAGACGCUUGUUCUUCAUUGGAGCAAUCAAACCCUUGUUCUUCUUCUUCCUAUUCUUCUUCACAUUUAUUAAAUGACAUAAAUUCUUCAUGGGUGUCUCGAAUAACCACUUCCAAAUUAGCCGAAUUAUCUUUCGUUACCGGAAUUCGCGUACCCAUACCUAAUGCCCAAAUACCAAUCCCAAACACUAACAACGUUAAUUAUUCUUUAGUAUCUUCUUCCCCUGUUCUACUCAACAUAUACCAAUCAGCCGAUUUGACGAAAAAAUCCGCGAAACCGGCCGCGUAUCCUUACAGUUUUCCUUCGCAGCCGUUGGAUGUUUCGUAUAGAUGGCAUUUGCCCGAUCCUAAGGCUGUCAAUGUAUCCGGGGUUUCUUCCGAUUCUUCGUUGGCUAAAUCUAAGACAGUGGUGGUUUUGCUAGGAUGGUUGGGUGCUAAGCAGAAGCACCUCAAUAGAUACGCAGAGUGGUAUAAUUCGAGAGGGUUUCAUGUUAUUACAUUUACGUUUCCAAUGUCCGAGGUGCUUAGUUAUAAAGUCGGCGGGAAAGCCGAGAAGGAUGUGGAAUUGCUUGUGGAUCAUCUUUCUGAGUGGUUGGAAGAGGAGCAUGGCAAGAACUUGGUCUUUCAUACGUUUAGUAAUACGGGGUGGCUUACAUAUGGGGUUAUUUUGGAGAAGUUUCAGAAGAUGGAUUCUGCUCUAACGAGAAGGAUUAGAGGCUGCAUUGUUGAUUCUGCUCCGGUGGCAGUACCCGAUCCACAGGUUUUCGCCUCCGGAUUUUCUGCUGCAUUUCUGAAGAAGAAUAGUGUUGCAACAAAGGGUUCUGUCAUUAAACCAGAUGCUGAUUUAACAGUAGGAACCAGAACAUCAAUUGAAGUCAAACCUGCUUUGACCGAAGCAGCUCUUCUCCUCGUUCUCGAGAAAUUUUUCGGAGUGGUUUUGAAUCAUCCUCCCAUAAACAGGAGACUUACUGAUGUGAUGAGCGUAUUAUCAUCCGAACAACCUAACUGUCCACAACUGUACAUCUAUAGCUCGGCCGACAAAGUUAUUCCGUCAGAUUCUGUGGAAUCUUUUAUAGAGAAGCAACGGAAGAGUGGACACAAGGUCAGAUCUUGCAACUUCGUUUCAACACCACAUGUUGACCAUUUCCGAAACGACCCGAAACUUUAUUCUUCUCAGCUCACUCAUUUUUUGGAGGAUUGUGUGCUCACUAGCUGCAAAGAAUCUUCCUGAGUAUAUACAUUGCUAACCGGUCACUAUUCUUUCUCUUGAUUCUUUAUCCGAUUUUUUUUGUCUAAUUUAUUUAUUUACAUACGUAGUUGAGUUCUCCGUACAAAUGUACUUGUAGUUCUCGGUGUUAUAGGAUGGAUAAAUAAAAGAAAUGCUUAGAUUGAAGCUGGUGUUACAUUUUUUCUAAUCGUAUAUGCAAUGCUUAACGAUGAGACUAUUUUAUA